AUGUACAAGUUGUACCAGAGCGAGCUUGACGCGAUCACGCCUGAGCAGGUGAUAUGGGGACCGUUGGAUAGGAAAAGGCAGCGGAAGAUUAAGGAUUGGGACAAGCAUCACAGAAAUACCCGUGUGGAGGUAUGCAAGCCGGCGUAUGCUGAGGAGAUUUUGGAAGAACCCACUGUUUUUGAUGAGCGUGCCCAGAUCAAGAAAGCAGCUGAUGAGACAGAGACUAUUCUUGAAACAACCCCGGCUGGCAAAAGCGAUGGAGAAGAUGCACUUCGAGCAUUCAUCAAGCGCCAGGACCAAAAGUUAAGGCGGCUAUCAAACCAUUUUGGUUGUCAUGACCCCGAGUAUGUAUCACCAGAACGGUCUAGGUCGGCGACACCAUCAGAUCCCACUUCAGGCCAGAGCCAUGGUGAUCAUUUGGAGGAUGAGGAUGUGGGUGUGGUCACCCAAGAGGUUGCUGAUGAUAUGACCUUAGGGACGUACCAAGUUAGGUCUGCAUACAGGCUAAAGCCUAGGACGGGAAUCAACAAGUAUACACCUGAAGACUUCACCCAAAUAGGCAAAAAGACGGUCGGCACCUCACGGAUGGCGGCUUUGGAUGACUAUUUGGAUGACGAUGUCGAUGACGUGGAGGAACCGGAGCGGGAGCGGGAGCGUGUUCCUCUUCCUAGGAAGGUGAAGAACCAGCGCCGUCGCCUCCUCUCCGGACCUGGUGCCGCCGAGAAGCCGCCCAUCACCGAGGCCAGCAGCUUCCCCGCCGACGACAUGCUCGGCGACUCCGGCGGCAACGGCGGCGGCGGGCCGUGGCCUGUCCGCAACCAGUGGCCGCGGGAGGAGACGCUGGCGCUCAUCAGGAUCCGGUCGGAGAUGGCCGCCGCCUUCCGCGACGCCGCCGUCAGGGGCAAGGUUCCCCUCUGGAUCUGGGAAGAGGUCUCCGGCAAGCUCGCGGAGCUCGGCUACGAGAGGAGGAGCGCCAAGAAGUGCAGGGAGAAGCUCGGGGGCAUGCACAGGUCCUACAAGCGCGCCGAGCAGAGCCGGGCCGGCAGGCAGGACGGCAGGACCUACCGCUUCUCCGAGGCGCUCGACGCGCUGCACGCCGCCACCGCCCGCGCGUGGCUGCAGAAGCACCAGGAGCAGCUGCUGAUGGUCCUCGGCGGCCGCGGCCCCCCGCAGCCGCACGCCGCCUUCUCGGCGCCGCGGCCGAUGAGCGCAAUGCCGCCGCCGCCGCCGCCGCCGCCGAGGUUCCCGAUCAUGCCGGCUCCUGUUUCCUGGGCGGCGCCUGCGGCGGCGGUGGAGCUCCCCCAGCCACCUCCCGUCUGUCUGCAAGGCCUGAGCGUCCCGUCCAUGUCCGAGUCUGGGUCCGACGACGACGACGGGCCCGAGGACGGCGAGAUGGCGGCGGCGACCGGCGACGGCCCGGGCGGCCUCGGCAAGCGCAAGCGCGGCGGCGUCAGGAAGAAGAUGAUGGCUUUCGUGGAGGGGCUGAUGAAGCAGGUCGUCGAGAGGCAAGAGGAGAUGCAGCAGCGGUUCCUGGCGGCCAUGGAGAAGAGGGAGGCGGAGCGCGCGGCGCGGGAGGAGGCCUGGCGCCGGCAGGAGGUGGCCCGGCUCAAGCGCGAGCAGGAGCAGCGCGCGCACGAGCGCGCCGCGGCGGCCGCGCGUCACGCCUCCGUCAUCGCCUUCAUCCAGCGCGUCGGCGGGCAGGCCGCGCAGGUCCCGCCCGUCGUCUUCCCUACGCCGACGCCGACGCCGACGCCGACGCCGCCACCGCCGCAACCUCGACAGAAGCUGCCGCCGCGACGAGCCACACCACCGCCGCCGCAGCAGCAGCAGGCCAUCCCAGCUGCGCCGCUCCAAUGGCAGCCACCGCCGCCGCGAGCCACGCCGCCGCCGCAACCGCAGUCGCAGCCCAUCCCAGCUGCGCCGCUCCAAUGGCAGCCACCGCCGCCGCGAGCCACACCGCCGCAGCCCAUCCCAGCCGCGCCGCUCCAAUGGCAGCCGCCGCCGCAACCACCACAGGCACAGCACAAGGAAAUGACGCGGGAAGAGGCGCACUGCCCCCGACUUCAGCCGGCUCAUCAUCACUCGCCCUGGUUCCCGCCGCCAUGGAGCAGUGCUUCUCCCAAGUUUGCAGAUCACAGCUUGCAGCAGUCGUAG